AUGAAUUCGCUAGUAAAUUAUAUUCGAUCAACAUCGCUGCGAAAUCGGAUCUUUUUUGGCCUGUCGAUUUGUUGUCCAAUCGCAUUUAUUUUCAAAUACUACUUUUCGGAGAAUCCAACCUUGAUAUUUUGUACAGCGAUUGUCGCCAUUGUUCCAUUGGCGGCGUUCGCCACUGAAGCAACGGAAAGUGUUGCACAAUACUGUGGCAAUUUUUUCGGAGGAUUUUUAAACUCCGGCUUGGGAAAUGUCGCUGAGUUGAUAUUUACGGUCGUUGCAUUGAGAAAAGGCUUAAUUAACGUUGUCAAAGCAUCGAUCCUAGGAGCGGUUACAAGCAAUGUUUGCGUAGGAGUUGGACUGGCUUUAUUCUUCGGCGGUUUACGCUAUAAGGAGCAAACAUUCGGUGAAAAAUUAGCUGGCAUCAAUGCCGCAUCAUUAAUCUGUCUAACCAUUGUUAUUCUGUGUCCGUCAGCAUUGAAAAUUUCCUUAGGAUCGAAUGUAAUGACUUCGACUACAAUGAGUCGAUUCUCUUAUGUCAGUGCGUUGAUACUCUUUCUACUCGGCAUCGUCAAUAUUGUCUUUGCUUGGAAAACGCACUCGUAUUUGUACAUUGCGGAUAUCAAACGGCAAAGUGACACAAAACGUCGCGUUCACACCGCUUUAUCAAUGAUGGCUCUUGAUCGUUCACCAUCAAUUUUAAAUAGUCCAAUCGAUCAUGAACCCAUCAUAGAAAUCGAUUCGAAAAAGCCUAUCCAAAUCUAUCUACUCAUCAAAGACAUCAGUUCAUUGAUUAUUACUACAACUUUGAUUGUCUGUUUAUGUCAAUUUAUCGUCGAUAGUCUGGAAGGAGCUAUUGCACAGUUACAUAUUAGUUCGAGUUUCACAGCUGCAAUUAUUCUUCCAUUAGUCAGUGCAAUUAUCGAGUUUGUUACUUGUAUCUCUUGUGCGUUGAAAAAUAAGAUUGAACUUAGUAUGUCACAGAACGUGAGAUGUCAAUUUCAUGUUUUUCUCAUUUUACUUUUGAAAAAAACUAAAGCUAUAGCAGUGACACAAAAUUCGACAUCACAGAUUCUAUGCUUCAUUGCUCCAAUUACAUUAGCGGCAAGUAAUUUCAUAUUCUAUGAAAAACCAAAUGGUGAACCGAACGUUAUUCUCGAUUUUGAUUUCAAACCUUAUGAUCUCAUCAGCACGGUAUUUUCCGUAGCCAUUUGUAAGCCAAGGGCAGUAUAG